AUGACACAAUUGCUUUUUGGUCUUCAGAGUAAAGUUGCCUCCAUAAUUUCUCUGCUACAACAGCGCCACCACCCUACACCAUACUUACUCAAAAGCUUCUUCAACAUGAAAAGACUACAGGGUGUUUUGUUGUAUCCUUCUCCAUACCUCUUCAGUUCAACUGAAAACGUUCUCAUACCCAAAAUAGGGACUGGGAAACGAUCUACUCUCGACUUAUUGUUAGAGAUUCGCUUCCCCUUCUUGGCUGAAUUCCAAUACCAAACGGCGGGACAGCUGGUUGAUGAUGCAGAGGUCUUUAUAUUCUCUUGCACAUCCAGGGUUUAUGCGAACUUCAAUGAUGAAGUAGUCACUGUAUGGGGCGCUAACAAUGUUAAGCUAUUGAACAAUGGCCAGGAGAUGCAGCUUUCUCUCACUAAGGAGAGUGGAUCAUUAAUCCGAUCAAAGCAAACGUUCUUGUCUGGGAGCUUCACUAUGUUUAUGAAGCUUGUUCAAGGAGACUCUGCGGGCACAAUAGCUUCAUUCUAUCUUACCUCUCUGAGUAAUAAUCAUGAUGAGAUUGAUAUGGAAUUCCUCGGAAAUAGUUUGGGACAACCUUACUUAUUGCACACCAACAUCUUCAUUCAAGGAGUGGGAAAUCGGGAGCAGCAAUUCUCACUAUGGUUCAACCCCACAGCCGACUUUCACAAUUACACAAUCCUUUGGAAUCCCUGGCAGAUCCUGUUUCUGAUAGAUGGAAUACCAAUAAGAGUGUAUGGCAACCAUGAAGAGGCGGGGGUGCCAUACGUAAAGAAAGCCAUGAAAGUGGAUUCGAGCUUAUAUAACGGAGAGACAUGGGCCACACAAAGAGGCCGUAUCAAGGUUGACUGGUCCCGCGCACCAUUUGUGGCUUUCUUAUCCAAUUUCAAGGCAGCAGCCUGCAAAAACAACACCCAAACUAAUCAGUGUUCUUCAAGAAGUAAUCCAGAUUACUGGUGGAAUCAGCCAGCUUUUCACAGCUUGAGUUUCGAACAACAACAAUUGUUGAAAUCGGUUCGCAAGAGCCAUCUCAAAUACGAUUAUUGCCAAGAUAAGCAUCUAUUCAAAAAUGAUCAACCUGCUCCUGAAUGUGCCUUCGAAAUAAUCUAA